CGUCAGGAGCCGCGUCUGGAGCCGUGUGGACACUGGACACCGCGCUGGACACACCUGGACACCGCGUCUCGUGAAUCUUUUUGGAUUAACACCAGCGACUUUCUGUGGAUUUGACAACGGACACGACCCGGAGCAAAGAUGAGGAUCAGAGAGUAACACGGCCCGGAAUGCCCCAGACCGUGUGCUCAGGAGCCAUGUUCAGCACUCCCAGCGGCUACAGCCCUCACCUGGCCUGCGCCGACCCCGGGGAGGAGCCUGACCCGGGGGAGGAGGCCCCGGCGGAGGGUCCCGGCGGAGGGGCCUGCCUCUCGGACGGACCUCCCAUCACCUCGGCCUCCCUGGACACGCUCAUCCAGAACCUGGUGCCCACGGCCGACUACUAUCCCGAGAAAGCCUACGUCUUUACGUUUCUGCUGAGCGCCCGUCUCUUCAUUCCGCCCCCGGAGCUUCUCGCCCGAGUCUGUGAGCUGUGCAUCAAACAACAACAACUGGACCAGAGCCCCCUGGACACGGCCAAAGUUCGUAAAUUUGGGCCGAAGAUCCUUCAGCUUCUGACGGAGUGGACGGAGACGUUUCCCUCGGACUUUAGAGACGAGAAGAUGGUCGGACAACUGAAGAGUUUUAUUCACAGGAUCGCCCCGUGCGACGAGGCGUACUGGAGCAGUCUGACUCAGCUCCUGCAGAAGCUGAGUCAGAGGUUGGCCGUGAUGACCCAGGGGGAGGAGAGCGUCGUGAAGGUCACGACCUCCGACAAACUGGUGACCUUCAAAACCAAACCCCCACCCAUCACCAAAGACAUGCUCUCCAUCUGCAACGACCCCUACACCCUCGCCCAGCAGCUCACGCACAUCGAACUGGAGCAUUUGAGUCGUAUUGAACCUGAGGAGUUUGUUCAGGCGUUUGUGCAGAAGGAUCGUCUGGACGUGUCACAGCCGUGCUUCAGCGAUCAGAAAAAGAAAACGACAAACCUGGAGGCGUACGUGCGCUGGUUCAACCGCCUGUGUUACCUGGUUGCCACGGAGAUCUGCAUGCCAGCGAAGAAGAAGCAGAGAGCGACGGUCAUCGAGUUCUUCAUCGACGUGGCCCGAGAGUGUUUUAACAUCGGGAACUUCAACUCUCUGAUGGCCAUCAUCUCCGGAAUGAACAUGACGCCCGUGUCCCGCCUGAAAAAGACCUGGAGCAAAGCCAAGACCGCCAAGUUCUUCAUCCUGGAGCAUCAGAUGGAUCCCACUGGAAACUUCUACAACUACAGAACAGCUCUGAGGGGAGCGGCUCAUCGCUCACGGACCGCCAACAGCAACAGGGAGAAGAUUGUGAUUCCGUUCUUCAGCCUCCUCAUCAAAGACAUUUACUUCCUGAACGAGGGAUGUGCCAACCGCCUCCCGAACGGCCACGUCAACUUUGAGAAAUUCGUGGAGCUGGCUCGGCAGGUGGGGGAGUUUAUGACGUGGAAACAGGUGGAGUGUCCGUUUGAGGAGGAUCGGUCCAUCCUGCACUACCUCCACACUGCCCCCAUCUUCAGCGAGGACGGACUUUACCUCGCGUCAUACGAAAGUGAGAGUCCAGAAAACCAGGUGGAGAAAGACCGAUGGAAAGCACUCAGGGCUAACGUGCUAGCAAAGACAUAAGGCCCUGACGGCAGCUGGCCCUCACCAGCAGGGGGAGCACGUUCUCAUUGCACUAAAACGAACUGUGAAGGAACCAAGCUGGUACUUAGGUGUUUUCUAUGAAGAAUCGACAACGACACGAUGAACGGGAUUCAUCAGAUAGACUUUAAAAUAAGAACAAUGACAGGUUUUAAUGAAAAUAUCAUUAUGUUAAGCUAAAAUUAUGCCUUUGCAGCUUCUCAACCUUCACAAUAAGGAACAGUAUUUUAAAACCCCUCUCCUUUGCGUGUUUACUGUUGAGAAGUGUUUACUAUUCCAGAGUUACAGGGCAGACCACUUUAUACAUGAAAUUCCUACUGAUAAUAUUGUAUUGUUUUAUAUUUGCUCCUGUUGCCCUGGCAGUGUACUGUACGGACGUGAAGGGCGCUGGCUAGCCCACGACAGCUCUGACGUUUUUAUUCAGCUAAAAUGAUGUUUAACAGAAGUGACUAUCCUCUGACAUCUCUCUGUGCGACGUGGGCCUGUCAUGAUCAUCACUUUAUCCACUUCUGUUUAUGAAAACUGGAACUGUAUUUUUUCUUUGCACUACUGGGAAAUUUUAGGUUUAUGUUUUGUCUGAUCAGAUUUAAGCUUAAACAUCUCAAACUAACGACUAAAGUGUUUCAUUCUGCUGUUUAUUUCUUGCAGCUCAUGAUUUUUAACAAUAUUGUAGAUUUGAAAUAGUUUUUGUGGUUUAAAUCUUGGGUUUUUGUGUCAGUGGCAGAGAUGAGUUUAAAUAUUCCUUCAGAUUGUGUUAUUGUGACAGGCCUGUUGUGAACCAUGUGUCUGUAUCAUGCACGAGACUGGACUGUUCCUUCUUUAAAGUCAUUCCAAUGUUUUGUUUUUUAUUUAUUAUUUUAGUUGGGAAACUGUUACAGUGUUUGCUUCUUUAAUGUACUGUGCCAUUCUUGUAAGCUAACGGUGUUUGCGUGGGGAGGUGUGCACAGGUGACUUUGACCCAUCUCUUUCUGCUCCCAGGAAGCUUUUGUUCUGACUGAUGUUCAGUUGUUUUAAUAUUUAUGGAGACAGAUGUUUUAUUCUCCUUUUGUGAACAUGAAGUGCGAUGGCAUGCUAACACACGUGUUUCAAAGGGGCAUUACUUUGCUGUUGCAACACCGUCUUUGGAAUAACAUUGUGUUGGUCUGUGUUUGAUGUAAAAGAGGGAAUCUUGUGCCAUACGACGUUUCAGGCUCCUCAGACUCGACAUGUGCCGUUUAUAGUUUUGUGGAGUUGUCGCUUUGUUUUUGGCAGUUUUUUGAUGUGAUUAGCAAAGUGUCUGAGGGUGGGCGGGGCUGAGGAGGAGGUGGAGGAGGAGGAGGUGGAGGGGACAUAAGGGAGUGUCAUUGUAAUUAAUAAUAAUAGUCUUUUUACACUGCUCUUAACUUACUUUACUUGAUCUCAGUGUUUUUUUUCUCAACAAGCACCUCGCCCUCUCCACGACCGCGCCCUGACCGCUCCACGACCGCGCCCUGACCACUCCACGACUGCUCCCUGACCGCUCCACGACUGCUCCCUGACC